UCCUCGACUCUCACGUUCAUCCCCGGAUAGCGACUAAACAACAAACAAAGAAUCCCAACAUCUGGAUCCACUUUUGAGCCAGCAGAAGCGUAAAAGAAGAACUUUAACCCCUCCGGGAGAAAAGGCGGUUUCAUAGAGUUAGAGUGACGAAGCUCGAGGGGGAGCGGCUGCAGUGCGCGAGAGCGCUGGAGAAGGCGAAGUGGCGCCCGCGAGCUGACAACGAGGGAAGCCGCCGCCGCUGUUGUUGCUGCGCGCCAACUGCUCUUUGUUAAACCCGAACUUCGCACUGUGAGGAUCGCCUGAACUCGCGCUCUCGUCAGUUUGGGGUUUUUGGUUUUGAUUUUUAGCGGAGUGGAGACAGUGGAGGGGUCACCCCUUUCAGUUACCCUGACGCGUACGAGCAAUUGAGACUCCGCGUCCUAGCAAACCAGGAUUUGUUAACAAAAGUAACCGAAGGAGCGACAGGUCAAGUCGGGAGCCGAGACGCUGCACCUAAAGGAGCGGAGAGUAAAGUUGGACACCGUGGAAGCGGAGGCGACACAUGAAAGUUCCUACCGCCGAUGAGGGAAAAAUGUGACGAGCUCGCUGUCUGGAGACAAGGGGAAAAUGCAGACCCUGCUAAAAAUGGAUUACAGUUCCAGCACCAGUUUUUGAGGAAAAACAAAUCUGCCUGUCAUCUCCACCACCAAAUUAUUGCUUCACACAGAUGUGUCCAUAUCCUGUUCAGGCUGCUCUCCUGCGUAUGGAAAAGUCAUCUUGGAUACAGGAGCAUCGGAAUCACAGGGUGGAAGGAUUCUCUCAUCAGGCACAAAAACUCAGAAGCAGGGGGGAAAGAGAAGGGAGCUUUCCAGAAGGUCACGGCUAGGCCACUCCACAGAGUCCAUCGUGGUCGAAGGCUCCAAAGUGCUGAUUCCCCAGCAGAACGCCGUCUUUCGCCUCGGAGUCUUGAUGAUGGGGCAGCGCGGUGGCGCGGUGGUAGCGCCGCUGCCUCCCACCCAGAUGCUGAGAUCAACCUCGAGCUCAGGAAGCUACUGGCUGAGAUGUACCACGUAAACAUUCCUCUUCAAAAGCCGCCAGGCGAUGAAGUGCAGCCUGAUGUUCUGAAUCUAAAAGCAAAUCCCUUACACUCGUUCUCAAAAGUGGGACCUCUUUUAGAUAUCACACAACAAACCUCAGCACCAGAGAUAAGAAAAACCACCAAGCACAUAACUGAGAGUCUGUCAUCCAGGAGGACCUGGAAGGAAAUCUGGGAUCACAGUUCCAAGCAGUCACAGCCAAUGUCAGAAAGCAGACGCAGGAUUUCUCUUCAGCCGAUAAAAGUCAGCCCACUCCCCAAGAGGGCCAGCAAGGAUGCCAGAGGGCACCGUAAGGAAAAAGAAGAGCAGCCCAGUGUCGUUGAGAAGAAAGCCAGACCAGGAUUACCCUUUGGAGGCUCCCUGCCAAGUGCUAACUUGCAAUACUCGGAUUCUGACAGUAAAGGAAACUCACCUUUUGGGAAGGUUGAAGAUAUCAAGGAGCCACAACCUCCUCUGAGUCUGAGCCAGCGAUGGGCUAGAAAACUGAACAAAGCAAAUCCCUGGAUCCUGGGUGUCUCCAUCGCCAGCAGUCUAGGAUGCCUAUGCGUCUGGGUGACCUGUGGCCACAUAUUCUUUGAAAAGUUGCCAGAAUUUGUUUCCGGCUUUCUGUGAAGAGGGACAGCAAGACAAACACCGUGGCAAUUUGGAAUCCCCAAUGUCACUAAAACAUGAAUGCUAAAGAAGAUGCCCAGAAAGCGUUCCAGGGGCUGGGUACAAACAUUAGGGCCCAGGUGUACAGCAGGGGGUCCUGGUUUUCUAUGAAAGCCCACACGCUCUGCCCCCCUCAUGAAGUCUGUGUCCCGCUCUCCUUUUCCUUUUAAGCCAUGAUCUUAUACUGAUGACCUAGAUGUGCAGGACCUGGGCUGAAGGCAGGAAGGAAGAGAAGUGAGGGCACUGGAGGUUUGCGUCAUCCAUCAAUUUUGUCUUCAUCUGUGUUGUCGUGUCAGCAAAAGCGAAGCACAAGAGAUGACUUGGAGCAAACCAGAUGUUGCAGUGAUGAGGUUCUCUCUUUAUUACUCAAAUUUCCACAUAUUUCUUUAUUGCAGCAUUCACCUUUGCCAUGACAUAUAAAAUGAUGGGAACAAAGAACUUUUACCAAAAUGAACUACUGCAGGAUGUUCAGGAAAAUGGAUGUGGGCAAAAUGUGUUGGUACCCCUCUGCGAAAAAAGACGACCCCAAAAUUGUCUCUGAAAUAACUUGAAACAGACAAAAGUCUUUGGCAGCCAUCAUUGUUUACUCCAUAUUUAACAAAAAUCAGACUUUGAUUUUGAGUUUUGAUUCAAAAGAUGGCAUGGACACAAAUGAUGGGACCCUUUAUCCAGGGCCAUCUUAACACAUGGGCACGCUGGGCAGUUGCCCGGGGUCCCCAUGCUAAUCUAUGUAUGGUGUGACUUGCUGAAUGGCUGUGUAGGUAGGGCCCCAGUGUACUGCUUUGCCCGGGGGGCUUAUAAUGCCGUUAAGACGGCCCUGCCUUCACCUAAUAUUAGGUAGUACAACCUUUAGAGUUUGCAGUCACGGCACAGAAGUCAUUCCCAGAGCUCUCUAUGAGACGUCUGUGCCCGUUUCCAAGUGGCUUGACCCACUUGUCCUGAGCAAACUGCUCCAGCUUUGCCAGGCAUGAAGGGGGUCUUCGCUUCUCUUGCCUGCAUGGUACACUUCUUUCCAUAGAUGUUUGAUUGGAUUCAAACCAGGGCUCAUAGAAGACCACCUGAGAAUAGUGUAAUGUUUUGUUCUUUGCUGUUCUUGGGUGCUUUUAGUUGUGUGUUUUGGCUCCUUAUCCUGUUGUAGGAUCCAUGACCUGUGACUAAGACGGAGCUUUAUGACACCGGGCAGUAUGUUAUGCUCCAGAAUGUCUUGAUAGUCUUUGAGAUUUCAUUGUUCCCUGGCACAGACUCCAAGGCCCCCCAUGGCAGACACAGCAAAGCAGCCCCAAAACAUAAGUUUGCCUCCUCCAUGUUCCAAAGCAGGUCUGGUGUUCAUUUCUUUGAUCGCUUCCUCUAUUCGUCUGUGGACACAGAGCUGAGGUGACUUGCUAAUAAGCUACAGUUUUGUCUCCUCUGUCCAAAAGGACAUUCUCCCAGAAGCACUGUGGUUUGUCAGUAUGCAUUUUAGCCAAUUCCAGUCUGCUUUUUUUAUGUGGAGUCCUCCUGGGUCUUCCAUUGAGCCCACUGUCACUCAAAAAAGUGAUGGAUGGUGUGGUCAGACACUGAUGGACCUCGACCUGGGAGUUCAGCUUGUGUCUCUUUGACUUUUCAUCUGUCAUUCUCGCUAUGCUUCUGCCCAUUCUUAGGUUGAUUUUCCUCCUGUGGCCGCAUCCACGGAGGUUGGGUACGGUCACCUGGACCUUCAACUUCUUAACAAUAUUUUCAACAGCAAGCUACUUUGAAGGUGGUCUUCUAGCCUUUGCCUUUCACGUCCUUGUCUAUCCUUUUCUUUCGGUUCCCCUCAGACAACUCUCUGCUUUGCUUUCUUUGGCCCACGUUCCGUAUGGGACACCUGAUGAUGCCAAAACAGCACAGGGAUGACUGUUCUCCACUUAAAUGGGCUGAAUGACUGCACGAUUGGAGAUGGCAUGUGAUACAAAUUCAAGAAAACUGCCAAGUCUGAAUAAUCACUCAAAUCCCAACCGUAGCUGCGUCUUUUCCAGGUUCCCAAAACUGAGCUGCUACUGAGUUGGCAAAGUAAGGCCCUGCGUGAGUCCAAACGCGUAACAAAAGAGAUCUUGCCGUCCAAUAACAAUUAUUUUGUGAAAAUUUAAACGGGAACAAAUCACAAAAAUGAAAAAAAUGGAUUACACACGCAGAAUAAAAGUCCAGAAAGAGAAAGAGUUUCUUAUCUGUUUCAUUACAAUCUUCGCCUUCUCGUGUUAAAACUUCGUUUACUUUCUAUACUUAAAGGUGGUGUUAUUUAUAUCAGUGUCACUUAGUACAUUCAGCACGUUCUGCACUUGAGGUCUGAAACGGUUUGCGUUACCAAGUGCAAGGCAGAUCAUAAGCAGAAACUGGUCUGUAGUCAGAAUGGCGUGAAAUAAUCAGAAUAUUCCAUUUAAAACUUAGCUUGUGGGGGUUAUAAUAGAACCUCCCAUUGACAAUGCCCUAAUAUGCAGGCAUACAUUGUAACCUAACCUAACCUAACCUAACUAACUAACAGAUGGCUCUUACGCUAGUUAUUUAUGAUCUUUUCCUGGGUCCCAACAAAUAUGUCCAGGCCAUUUUAGAACAUCUUUGUAGAAUAAGCAACACUUAAUCUCUAUUCAUGCUUUGCUUUACUCGAUGACGUACCAAAGGCAUGCAGGUAUACAGGGUACAAUGGCUUUUCAUUAAUUAAAUCAUUCAGGCGUACAGCACAUUUUCAAUGAGCCGACCAUCAAAUUUGCCCAUGUCUGUGCCUAGUGAGUUGGCCGGAAACCCAAACUGAGUUACAACAGAAGGACAGUGUUCUAGUUUCACGUUGUGCCUGAGGGCACAACAGUGGGCUUGAGGAGGUGGAUUAAUAAAUGACCUUGAAAACUGGCAGCUAUCGUUGGCAUACUUUGGAGACCCAAUAAAGGAAACCUCGCAUAAAGGUGAAGUUUAACUUUGAAGAAUGGCUCACAACUUCAGAUCACAGUCUGGGUGAAGCUUGCCCCUUAGGC